AUGUCAUCCUUCAUGUCUUGGGGACUCAUCCUGUUAGCAGCCUUGUGCUGCCUGGUCCCUGGCUCCUUGGCUGUGAGCAUCCAGGGAUUUGACGACCAGGAACCAUUUAUACCCAAGAAUGACCACAGCCAGCAUCAGCCAGCAGCCAGCCACAAGACUACACCAAACCUGGCAGAUUUUGCCAUAAGUGUGUACUGUCAAAUGGCCUACAAGUGCAACACGACCAAUAUCCUCUUCUCCCCAGUGAGCGUCGCCUUAGCCUUCGCACUGCUGUCCAUGGGGGCCAGCUCUGACACCCACACCCAGAUCCUGAAUGCUCUGCAAUUCAAUCUCAGUGAGACAUCAGAGGCAGAAAUCCACGCGGGCUUCCAGCACCUUCUCCACACCUUCAACCAGCCCAAGGGCAAGCUUCAGCUGACCACUGGCACAGGGCUAUUCGUCGAUGAAAAUCUGAAGCUUGUGGAGACGUUUGUGGAGAAUGCUAAGAAGAUGUACCACUCAGAAACCUUCUCUGUCAACUUUAGGGACACGGAAGCAACCAAGAAACAGAUCAAUGAUUAUGUAGAGAAAGGAACCCAGGGGAAAAUUGUAGACUUGGUCAAAGAGCUUGACCAAGAUACACUUCUUGCAUUGGUGAAUUACAUUUACUUUAAAGGCAAAUGGAUGAAUCCCUUCGGUGUGAUGUACACAGAGGACGAGGAUUUCCACGUGGAUGAGCAGACCACCGUCAAGGUGCCCAUGAUGAGACACACACACUUAUUUCACCUCCAUCGACAAGAGGACCUGUCCAGCUGGGUGCUGCUCAUGGACUAUGAAGGCAACGCCACAGCCUUCUUCAUAAUGCCUGACCUGGGGAAGAUGCAGGAACUUGAGCAGGGCAUCACUAAAGAGCUUCUCUACACGUGGCUGAAAAAGAGACACCAAAUGUUGGCCCGAGUGCAUUUCCCCAAACUGUCCAUUUCCGGAACCUACGAUCUGAAGGAGCUCCUGGGAAACCUGGGCAUAACCAAGGCCUUCAGCGAUGCGGCUGACUUCUCAAGGCUCACCGAGGGGGCCUCCGUGAAGGUAUCCAAGGUGAUGCAUAAGGCUAUGCUGACCAUUGACGAACAAGGGACGGAAGCUGCUGGAGCCACUUAUAUAGGGAUAAUGCCUAUUUCUUUACCACCCUUGGUUGAAUUCAAGCAACCUUUCCUUUUCCUCCUCUACGAUGGGAACACAGACAACCCCCUUUUUGUGGGAAGAGUGGUGAACCCCUUACAAAUGUAA